GCUCCCUAGGCUCGUGCUAUUUCGUCGCGCAUCUUUCUUCGCGACUAUCAAAUUGAAACUUUCGCGCAGCCUUGUUAAUCGCGAAUUGUCUUUGCGCAUUAUUCCCAUCACAUCCUUUAAAAUAAACCCAAGGCCAUACUCGAAGUGUCUUCCGUAUUGAAAAGAUUAAUCGGUCGGGCGCGCCAAUUAAUUUUGUUUUCCUCGAAACACGAUGUCCUCAAUGGGCGACCCCAGCUACGGGGUCCACAGAGACCUGCUUCCCCAUGUGCAUUUGAUCUCGACCUAUCGAUACACCCUUAAGGCCCGAGUUGAGCCCAAUGAGGUAACAAACUGGUUGAUGCAAGCACCAAAGAUCGCACGAGAUACCGCGCCCUUUUUUUGGACCUACCUCGAUCGUCCCGAGAAUGGUAACAUCUUCUUGACGUGGCAACCAUCGCAACAAAUGGGCGCCAACUUCGCCAGCGAUGGAUUUAUUUGGCCCCCACAGGAACAAUUCAUGCAACAGGAAGUGGGAAAUGGUGUGAUCCUCGAGGUGUAUUAUCACAAGGCUGGAUUUGCCUAUAAUGAGCACUUUGCAACGCAUUCUAGACGCCGCUUCCGCCUCAUUCCUCCCACUGUCCAUACUCCGAAUGCCUCUACUGUUGAUCCUAGUCUAUGGAUCGUUCACUACGGACCCGUUGAAAACAACGAACGCAUCCCUAGUGCAUUGAUUCCGCAGAACAACCGAACGCAUGCUAUGCUAGAAACACGUGCUUAUCUCCAACGCUGUGGACAGAUCCAACGUAAAGAGUUUAUCCUCGGCGAUCGAAUUAAUUGGCCCCAAAUCGCCUGGCCCAGAGAACCGUCGAGACAACCAAUGUUUGCUGGUGCUCGUGGAGUUCCUCAGGGCAUGGCAUAUCCUUCUCAUCCUCCCGCGGCCGGCGCGCCACCAUCAAAGCGCGCUCGUACUGGCCAAGCUGCGCAGGGCCAGGUGCCUCCUGCCAUGGCCGCUAUCCCUCCUGACAAUUCAUACGAUGAUGAGGAAGACACAUCUCGUGGUGACAUGUUCGAUCAUCUGACUCCUCGAGAGGUUAGUCUAGCUCGCUACCGUCAGAACCAUGAAUGGAUGGAGGAGAUAUUGUCUUCCCCAUACAGGAUGGGCCAGAUUGGAUUUUCGGAUCUCGGUCUGGGUCUUAAAGGUGAGCUUUCGAGCUUAACCAAUGGAAUUUUCGAAGCCCAUGAUCGUCAUAUAACCGAGAAACCUUCGAAGUCGUCCGCAACUCAACUAGGCCCUGAGCAGGCUACUGAGUUUCGCAAGCGAGUUGCCGACCGAAUCGAGUCUACCCAAGCAGCCAUCGAGAAGAUCAAGUCGGAGCAUGCCAAGAAAGUUGCCAAGUUCGAGCGUAAUUCUAUCCUAACCACUGCUGAAAGAGAGUUGCGAUUAGCCUUAGGCGACCCCGGUUCUAAUUCAUUGCAACUUGAGAGAGAUAUCGAAGAGGGUGAGGACAGCUCUAACCGCUGGUCCUCGAAACAUAGCAAGAGAGUCGACGAGAUAGUAUCCCAGGUGGAAGCACACCUUGGUCGCCGAGCAGAGGUUAUCUACGACCUACGACGAAUACAAGACGGUGGUUAUCAAGAACCUGCUCCGGAACCAGCACCUCAGCCGGUCGCAGGACCUGGCCCUGGUCCUCAGAAUGGCGGCACCAACGGGAGUGGUGCUAUGUCCCGUCAGCCGUCGCAAACAGGAUCUCAACACAGCGGAUUUAUGAUCGGCGAUUCUGACAUCGACAUGGGUGGGACUGCUGCUGGUCUCCUAGAUCAAAUCCAUACUGGAACAGGAGCCUCGUCUAUUUCUACGCCGGCAAACAAUUUCCCAACGCCCCAAGCUCAGACAUCAGCGAUUCAUUCCAACGUUGCCACUCCAGCUAACUUGAACGUUCCUUCACCACGACAACCACCUCAAAAAGAUGAGACGGGUGAUAUAAAGAUGGAUGGUACGGGCAAUACUGAAUCCCUCUCCGGUACUGCUCCUGACCAAGGCACUGGAAGUGGAGACUGGGUAGUCGUUCCCAAAGGCGGCGCUAUUCCAGACGGCCCCGCAAACCCAGCAUCCGCCAACAAUGCGCCAAAGGCAAUAGGUCAUUUAAGCAAGCAGGGCUCGGCGACAGGAACUCCUUCGGCGGGAUUCGACGGUGAUCAGAACGACUUCAGUUCACUUGAUGAUCUAAACACAGCUGGAGAUGCAUUAGCCGGGUUUAGCGAAACCCCGGGAGACCUUGGAGAGGGCUUGGAUCUAGACAUGGAAGAUUCGGCCUUUGGCGAUGCUUUCCAUGGUGUGGACAGCCAACAAGGAGGCACGCCGGCUGAGGGCAACAUGUAAUAUGCGCCACCAUUCUAAUUAAUAACGUGAUUCUCGGCGGGAAGGCUGAUGGCUAUUUGUACAAUUUGGUCAUUAGGGUGACACUGCAUCCGAGAUAUUUGUCUAAGUUGAUGUUGAACCAUUCAGAUAACGGUAACAAUGGCUACGGGUUGUCGACUUUGAUUUCAAGGGGAAACCUUGGUAACGAGUGUAUUUGAACGGCGUCGGGGAGUUUAAGGGACAGACUACUAGUUUAUUGAUAGGUUUACUCUCAAUUGUAUGAGGGGAUUUGGACGAGCUAUCAUGUUCGCUAUCAACUCGAUUCAGCUUAUAAAGGUCCAUCGGCAGUGAAGGGACUCGAUAUCGAAGAUACGGUAACUACCUCCUAGUGAGCAGAAAGCCCCAGU